AUGAAGUCCGAACGCUCUGACGACAGUCCUGACGACGUACCUCGGUUUACUAAGGAUUUCGGCUUCUUGCCUAUUCCUCAUCGUCUGCGAUAUGACCCGGAAAAGCCUUUUCACUUUGGGGUUUUGCUUAAUAUUUCCUUUGGCUUUGCCAGUACCUUUGUCGUUGCGAACUUGUACUACUGCCAACCAUUGCUAAUCGAGAUGUCCAAAUCCUUCAAUGUAACAUAUGAUGAAGUCUCCACAAUUCCAACUUUGGUACAAGCAGGGCAUGUAGUUUAUGCAACUGGCCUUCUUCUACUUUCACCUCUUGGUGACCUCGUCCGGAGACGCGGACUAAUCUUGGUCCUCGUAACACUCUCCGCCUCUCUCAGCAUCCCUCUCGCUAUUACCCACAGCCUCGUCGUUUUCGAAGUCUUUUCGUUCUUUGUUGGCGUUGUCACAGUUACUCCACAAAUUCUCCUUCCCCUCGCCGCUGAUUUAGCGCCGCCGGAGCGUCGCGCCUCCGCUCUGUCAGUUGUUAUGUCUGGGCUCCUUUUGGGAGUCCUUAUCGCACGAGUUAUAUCUGGUGUGAUAGCCCAAUACACAAGCUGGAGAGUUGUAUACUACAUGUCAAUUGGUGUUCAAUUUUUUGUUCUCGGAGGGAGCUAUCUUGUACUCCCUGAUUAUCCGGCAAAGAACAAGGACAUGACCUACUGGAAUAUCUUAUGGACGAUGGCGAAAUAUGCAUUCACAGAACCCAUUCUCCUACAAGCGUGUUUGACCAACUUAGCCAGCAGCGCAUCUUUCAGCAACUUUUGGGUCACUCUCACCUUUCUGCUUGGUAGUCCGCCUUAUAACUAUACAACCUUGGUGAUCGGUUUAUUCGGUCUUGUAGGGAUGUUUGGUGUAGCCAUGGGACCGAUUAUCGGUCGGACUAUCGACAAACUCAUUCCCUGGUAUGCGUCGCUCAUUGCGGUCAUUGGCAUGGCGCUAUUCCAAGCAAUACAAGUCGGGGCGGGGGGCAUCAAUAUUGCUGCCGUGAUCAUCGCAACCUUUGGACUAGACGUAUUCAGGCAAAUGCUGCAGGUUUCAUUGGCUACGUCGAUAUUCAGUAUUGCUCCCGAAGCCAGAGCACGUCUCAACGCUGUAUUCAUUCUGUCUCUCUUCAUUGGGCAAGUCAUGGGAACCUCUGUAGGGUCGGAAGUAUUCAUCAAAUAUGGAUGGCGAGCUGGCGCAGCUUUAUCAUUGGGUUGGUCAGGAUGGCAACUGUUCAUGCUACUGAUAAGAGGACCCCAUUGCGAACGUCGUGUUUGGUUUGGAUACCAGGGAGGUCUUGAGGCCCGGAAGAGCGUAGUCGAAGAACGAAGACGUCAAAAGGCCCAACAAAACAAAGAUGGGGAUAGGACGGCGAGGAAUUCCAGAGAGCAAGAAAAGCAACCGCAAGAUAACAAUACUAUGGUGUAA